CCUCAGCGGCACAAGCAUCUCAACUGUUGCUCCUUCACUUUCAACAAACAAAAACUAACAAUGUUCAAACUUUUCAUCUUCGCUUGCUUUCUCGCCCUGGCUGCGGCUAAGCCCGGCGUGUUGCCGGUGGCUUACACCGCGCCAGUAGCCGCAGCGUACACCGCGCCGGUAGCCGCGGCCUACACAGCACCGCUCGCCUACUCUGCCUACUCCGCAUACACCGCGCCUGUUGCUGCAUACUCUGCAUUCCCCUACGCAGCUCCUUAUUCUGCCUACUUCUUACGCCGUUAAUUUAUUAAAACAAAAUAACUUCUUUUGUACAUAAUUGUAUAUAGAAAAUUUCAACACCUUAUUUUGUCAAUGACAAUAUUUUUGUAAAUAAUACAUGUUUCCGUAAUAAAAUAUACCAAUUCCAAUGUAAAA